AUGGGAAACGUUGUCACCAUUGGCCGUGAACAAGUGUUUGUAGAGCGCAAGUUGGGGUCGGGAGGGUUCUCACAAGUAUACUUUGCAAAGUCUCAAGAGACGAAUCGCGAGUAUGCAAUGAAAGUGAUGUUCUAUGCCGACCAAACUGAUUUACAAAGAAUCAAGAAGGAGAUCGAAGUACACAAAUUAUUAACUAAAAAUGAAUACGUCGUUCCCCUUAUUGAGAGUUGUAUAUUUCAAGAACCCGAGCGAAAGGUCGUCAUGUUAUUAGAUUAUUGCCCGGUCUCUACCAUAAAUGUCUUGGAAAGAUCAUACCCACAUCCUAUCAAAGAAGACGCAGUUCUUCGGAUAUUUUAUCAAGUGUGUCACGCUGUUGCGUACAUGCAUUCACAGAAUCCGCCUUUGUGCCACAGAGAUUUGAAAGUUGAAAACGUGUUGUUUAAAAACAAAAAGUUUUUGUUAACGGACUUUGGGAGUGUUGUACCAGAAAGCGCUUUCUAUAACAGAAAGAGAGGAGACUGCCCAGGUAUUGACGAGAAUAUCCAAAAAUACACAACACUGGCUUACAGAGCGCCUGAGAUGAUUAAUUUGUACGAUUACAAACCAAUUGGACGGAAAGCGGAUGUGUGGGCGUUGGGGUGUGUCUUAUUCAAAUUGUGUUACUUCGACACCCCAUUUGAAGAGUCACCAAUGAAAAUUCAGUUCUGUAAAUACUCUGUGCCAAACGCAAAUUUCAGCGAGAAGGUGACGCAGUUUUUCACAAAAAUCUUUGUGGUCGACCCUGCUGAGCGUAUCUCGGUGUUCCAGAUCAUGGACAUUCUCGCGAAAGAACUUAACUUACCAAAUCCUUACGCCAAUUUGGUCGGUCAGAAGGACCAAGUCGCUGAAGUCACAGACGACGUCUUAAAACCAGUUCCUGCGCAAAUUAAAAGUGCGGAACCAAUGCAAUCGAAGUCUGCUGGACUCUUUUGGGAUAACGUCAAAGAUGUGCCGACACAGGCCGACGACACAUUGAAGGCCCCGAUCAAGCAACACAUUACUGGCGAAAAGAAAGAGAUGCGAACAACAUCGGAACCACCUUCUAAAAACUUACUCGAAAUUGGCGUCGAAGCACCAAAGGCAAAAACGCCUUUGACAACAUCCACUGAUCUCUUUAAUUUUCAAGAACCUUUAAAAGAAAGCAAAUCGCCACAAAACUCCAAUAUGACGAAUUCUAUGGACUUGUUCUCGUUUGAGGACACAACACGCAAAAGUGUCAUAACAGAGAAGAAAAACACAAUAAUCGAUUUUGGAACACCAAGCAGAAACCAUGUCGUCAUAUCGUCGUCACCACAACCCCAAAAGACAACUCAACAGAACAAAAUUGGCGAGGUCAAAAGCGCAAGUGUGUCCCCAGCAUUGUUUGAUUUUUCUGGGGAGUUCCACACCGGUGAAGCUCCGAAAGCAUCGACAAAGUCAACAUCGAAGUCAUCGAAUGACACCGGUGACUUGUUCUCGAAACUCGACUUUUCUAAACAAAGAAAAACCCCACCUGUCGCCUCACAAGAAACUUUCUGGAGCACCCCAAAUCAGUCGUUUGAUUUUCAAGGAAAAUGGUAA